CGCGAGCGGGUCAGGGGAGGCGAGCCCCGGUCAGCCCCGGAGCGGGGCGGUGUCUCCUCUGCUGGGCUUGGGGACGCCGCGUCUGGGGUACGGUGUCCAGUUCUGGGCUUCUCAGUGCAAGAGAGAUAAGGAGCUGCUGGAGAGGGAGCACUGGAGGCCACAGAGGUGAUUGAUUAAGGGCCUGGAGCAUCUCUCGUCAUGAGGAGAGACUGCGGGAGCUGGGCCUGUUCAGUCUGGAGGAGAUUGCGAGGGGAUCUCAUGAGUGCAUAUAAAUACCUCAAAGGCGGUGCCAAGAGGAUGGUGCCAGACAUUUCUCAGUGGUGCUCGGUGAGAGGAGGAGUGAUGGCCAUAAACUAAAACAUAGUAAGUUCCAGCUCAGCUUGAGAAAGAACUGCUUUACGUUGAGGGUGGCCGAGCACUGGAACAGGCUGCCCAGAAAGUCACGGAGUCUCUGGAGACAAUCAAACUCCACCUGGACGUGUUCCUGUGGCACCUGCUCCAGCUGACCCUGAUGUGCCAGGGGUCGGACUCGAUGGUCUCCAGAGAUCUCUUCCAACACUAACAAUUCUGUGAUCCGCGGGCUCCAGGACCCUUCCCAGAGGGAAAGGCAGGAACGCUUCUGCGCGGACUCUUCUUUCCGGGGGAAGCGGCGGGGCGGACGCGGCGGACGCGGCCAUGGAGCGGCGGGAGCGGCCGGCGGUGGCCGUGGAGCGGCUGGAGCGGGUGACGCGGGAGCGCUUCCUGCGGGACAUCUACCCGCGGAGAAAGCCAGUAGUGCUGACAGGACUGGAACUGGGCACUUGCACGACCAAAUGGACAAUAGAUUACCUGAGCCAAGCUGAAGGACCCAAAGAAGUAAAAAUUCAUGUUUCUGCAGUGCCACAGAUGGAUUUCCUCAGUAAGAACUUUGUGUAUAGAACUCUGCCUUUUGAUGUGUUUGUGCGAAGAGCAGCUGAAGUCAAGCACAAGGAGUACUUUCUUACUGAGGAUGAAAAGUACUAUUUGCGAUCAGUGGGUGAAGAUGUUAGGAAGGAUAUUGCAGAUAUCAGGAAGCAGUUUCCUGUUUUAGCAGAAGAUGUUCAUAUUCCAGAGUAUUUUGAGAAGGAACAGUUUUUCUCUAGUGUCUUCCGCAUCAGCUCAGCUGGAUUACAGUUAUGGACACAUUAUGAUGUAAUGGACAACUUCUUAAUCCAAGUCACAGGGAAAAAACGAGUUGUUUUGUACAGUCCUCGAGAUGCACCAUAUUUAUAUUUAUCAGGUACUAAAUCAGAGGUGCUGGAUGUGGAUAACCCAGACUUGGAGAAAUAUCCCCUUUUUGUGAAAGCCAAGCGCUAUCAAUGUGUUUUGGAAGCAGGAGAUGUGUUAUUUAUUCCAGCUUUGUGGUUCCAUAAUGUAAUUUCUGAGGAAUUUGGAGUGGCACUGAAUGUCUUUUGGAAGCACCUUCCUGCUGAGAGCUAUGAUAAGACUGACACUUAUGGAAAUAAAGAUCCUAUGGCAGCCUCCAGAGCUAUACAGAUCUUGGACAGAGCUCUGAAAACACUUGAAGAACUACCUGAGGAAUAUAGAGAUUUUUAUGCUCGGAGAAUGGUGUUACGUAUCCAAGAAAAAGCUUAUAGGAAUGAUUAUGGAUAAAGUAACACAUUGCAAUUCAGCAAGGUCCCUUGCAAGUAGAAAAUUGUAUGUUGGUAUGGAAACUGUCCAUUGGCACAUACAUUUUCUGUGAGACCAAUAAAAACUGUCAAUAAACAUUUGUCUAUAACAAAGUUGAUCAUGGAGAUUUUCUUUCUAGUUUUUAGUGAGGCCUGGAGUCUGCU